GGUGCGGGGAGGGGGGUUGCAGAAGGAGCCGAGCGGCUGCUGCUCAAUGGCGGAAAAGCCGCCGGUGUUCUGACCGCUUCGUCCCCCUAGCAGUUGCGGGGGAGUUUCCUGCCGGCGCGGCUGGAGUCUCUGUUUCUCAGGGUUCGGUGGCUGGAAGAUGCUCCAGAGAGACGAGGCUGCGGCGGAGGAGGUGGCGGCGGCCGAAUCGGCAACGGCGCUAGGGUGGAGAGAAGGCGGCAGCGGCGGCGGCGGCGGCGGCGUGCGGGGCCCAACGGUGUAAACAGCCCCGGAGGCGGCGGAGGCGGUGGCCAAGACCCCGAGGGGGAAGCGGCGGCUGAGCCAGGGUCGCGCCUCCGUUGGAAGCCUGGGCUGAGUGCAGCAGAGGGGUUCUGCGGCGGGCGCGAGCGGACGCCCUAGACCUCGCCUCCCUCCCUCGCCCCAGAUUCAUUACUAAACAUGGGUGCAUUUUUGGAUAAACCCAAAACUGAGAAACAUAAUGCUCAUGGUGCUGGGAAUGGUUUACGUUAUGGCCUGAGUAGCAUGCAAGGAUGGAGAGUGGAGAUGGAAGAUGCACACACAGCUGUCGUAGGUAUUCCUCACGGCUUGGAAGACUGGUCGUUUUUUGCAGUUUAUGAUGGUCACGCUGGAUCCAGAGUAGCAAAUUACUGCUCAACACACUUAUUAGAACACAUCACUAAUAAUGAAGACUUUAGGGCAGCUGGAAAAUCAGGAUCUGCUCUUGAGCCUUCAGUGGAAAACGUCAAGAAUGGUAUCAGAACUGGCUUUUUGAAAAUUGAUGAAUACAUGCGUAACUUUUCAGAUCUCAGAAAUGGCAUGGACAGGAGCGGUUCAACUGCAGUGGGAGUUAUGAUUUCACCUAAGCAUAUUUACUUCAUCAACUGUGGUGAUUCACGGGCUGUUCUGUAUAGGAAUGGACAAGUCUGCUUUUCUACCCAAGAUCACAAACCUUGCAACCCAAGGGAGAAAGAGCGAAUCCAAAAUGCAGGAGGCAGCGUAAUGAUACAGCGUGUUAAUGGUUCAUUAGCAGUGUCUCGUGCUCUGGGGGACUAUGAUUACAAGUGUGUUGAUGGCAAGGGCCCAACAGAACAACUUGUUUCUCCAGAGCCUGAGGUUUAUGAAAUUUUAAGAGCAGAAGAGGAUGAAUUUAUCAUCUUGGCUUGUGAUGGGAUCUGGGAUGUUAUGAGUAAUGAGGAGCUCUGUGAAUUUGUUAAAUCUAGGCUUGAGGUAUCUGAUGACCUGGAAAAUGUGUGCAAUUGGGUAGUGGACACUUGUUUGCAUAAGGGAAGUCGAGAUAACAUGAGUAUUGUACUAGUUUGCUUUUCAAAUGCCCCCAAGGUCUCAGAUGAAGCAAUGAGAAAAGACUCAGAGUUGGAUAAGUACUUGGAAUCACGGGUGGAAGAAAUUAUGGAGAAGUCUGGUGAGGAAGGAAUGCCUGAUCUUGCCCAUGUCAUGCGCAUCUUGUCUGCAGAAAAUAUCCCGAAUUUGCCUCCUGGGGGAGGUCUUGCCGGCAAGCGCAAUGUUAUUGAAGCUGUUUAUAGUAGGCUGAAUCCACAUAGAGAAAGUGAUGGGGGUGCUGGAGAUCUAGAAGACCCAUGGUAGCCUUAUAAGCCUUCUAAAAUGCUUUUGAUUCUGAAAAUUGGGGGAAAAAAACUUUUAAUCACAAUUUUCUUCAGUACAAGGGAAAAAAUAUUCUUGUGGAUUCCCAGCGUUUUGUGAUAUGAGCAGAAAAUCAUUAGCAUUUCCCAUCAUUUGUUCAUAUUUGUGUUUUCUGGUAAUUGCCACUUGUAGCAUUGCCUGUACUACAGUAUUUUUUGCCAACCUCAGGCAUACUGGUUACAUCUAUAUUGAACUUUUGACCCUAGAAACCAAUGGAGUUAUUUCACCACAAAUAACGAAUAUGCCUGAGGUGCAUGGGAAUAUAGUUAGCUGUACUCUGAAGAUACAUUAUGUGUUUUUUUUUUUUUUAAACAAGACACACAACAUAUAAGCAUGUAAGAGUAAAGAAUUGUAUGAGAUGUUCCUUUUUUCAGUUCACCAAGUUGGAAGCCUUUUGCAGCUCUGUGACUUAAAAUUUCAUUUGAGCAAUUUACUAUAGGAUUUAUAUUUAUUAUUAAUUGUUAUUUAAUUUUUUUCCAAUUUUACCUGUAUUACCAAACUGGGUUCUCCAAUAAUGUCCAAAUUGUAAUGUUGCCUGCUUCAAGAUAAAGUGUAUUUGGCAAUAAUAUUAUAAACCUUUACAAAUUUUAUGCAUGUACCUACCACAUCCUUCAACUCUCACUAGAAAAACCUCUUGAAACCAAAUGGAUUAAUUUAUGGCUAUUUAUAAUUUGCUUUGCCAUCUCACUGCUGCAAAUUUUUUUAAAUGAGAUUUGCCUUUAUAAUGUAAAUUGUGAUUUUUGUUUUACAUGUGGGUUUCUAUAGUUUUAAUUUUUCAGCUUUUAAGAUACAACAAGUUUUGUGUAAUUUGGUAUAAUUUUUAAUUGUUUACGUUAUUUUAAAAGCUCAGAAUAUCACUGAAAUGACUAUAAAUACAUUUAAAAUUAUCUAUUUUAGAUCUAAGGAAAUAUUACAGAGAUAUUUUCAUGGGUUCAGUAACCUUUCAUUUUAUAACAUUGGGCACGGUACGGAGUGGCUGUCACAUAAGGUACUUGAAGAUUAUUAGUUUAAUUCUAUUUUUACAAUAACCUUGAAUCCUUGAAUUCUUUUGAGUUUUGCAUGUAGCCAGUUAAUGCUGAACAUGAAGAGUGAAAUAUUUAUCUAAAAGAAGCUAUUGGGGUAGGAGAAGCAAUGAAUGUAUCCAUUUGUACAUGGUUUACAUGUUGUGGAUGCUUUGUAAACAUUUUCUAUCUGUUUAAAUUGUGUUUCAGCAGGAUGUAAUUGCCCUUGUGUGUAGUUAAAAUGAGUCAUCAUCUGGUCCUGUGUGAAAUGGAAUUCAUGGUAUUUUCUGUAACAUUUUCCUGAAGCUGUUUCUGGAGAGCCACACAUUUGAAUACAGCUUUCUUGAUCAUUUGAUUUAUUGUGCACCUGAUUUUUGGUCUAAAAAGGAAUUAUUGCCACAACAUAUUUUAUUUAUUCUUUAGAUUUUAGCCUUGUAAGUUGAAGUGCUUUACAUGAUAAUGUUAAAAGCUGUUUGUCCCUUGACUGGGUUUGGGGGGUUGUUAAAAGCUAGGGAAUGAAGAAUGCAAAAUGGUUUGUUGUUCAAACUGUCCACUCUGAUCCAACCCUGUACUGAUAGUACCUUUCCAGUAUGAUAUUGUGAUGUUUCAUACAAUGCAGUGAACAUAACCAACUUGUUACCUAAAUAAAGAAUUGAUAAAAACAG